GAAUAAAGCACACUAUUAAAUUUACCAGCCAGUACAGUACAGUUCAUUUGAUCUGAUCAGUGAAGAAGUAAGAGGAUAUGAGACGGGUUGGAGUAAAGAGAGCUUUCCCUGAGCCACCACACAACCACAGAGGCUCCUCUCCCCCAGCUCCAAAGAGAGCACGUCUCAGUGGUGACGCUCAGCCACGUUCCACGGGCGUGUUCCGUACUGUCGUAAACUGGUUCCAUUCUGUCAUGAGUGCUGUCAGCGGGAGACUGUCACGCUCGACUAGAGCUCAGAACGAUGAGGACUCUGUCUCCACCGACUCAUUUGAACCUUGCUCACAAGAUCAAGAGGCGACUGGACCACUCCUGAUAAGCAGUCAGGUGACUACCGGACCCACUAGUAGUAUGGCCCCUCCUCCCGUCUCUACUAGUCAGCCGCUAAAUACCAGCACCUCUGUGGACCACCCAAACCACACCUCUAUAAACCAACAGUCACGCUUCAAGCCCCACUCAUCGUCCACAGUGGCUAAAAAUCGUCACAGAUCGUUACUCAAGCCAUCCCGGAAACCACCACCACCCUCACAAACACCAAGAACAUUAUUCAGUCCAGUUGUGACCACACCCCCUAAUCUAUCCCCAGCCAUUCGAACGUUUGCCAAGCCGCAAACCACCCCCUACUACCCCACCCACCCUCUCUCUAGCACACCUUACACCUCCUCACAACAAUCCAGCUCUCACAAUCAUGGCCACUCCGAGACAGGCUCUCAACGACCUUUCACCCCACUGUUACCACCCAUCUCUUUCAAUACUUCAGAUAAAGCUGGUUCAUCUAAAACUGAAAAGAAGGCUGUGGAACCGAAAAGGCAGGUUCCUGAGAACUUAGGUCCUUUAUCCUCACUGUCGAGACCCCCUGCCAGGACAAAGUCAGCUAUAGAGCCUGCACGGAUUAGUGAGAUGAAUGAGUGGCUACAAGACUUGCGGCUCUCUAGUAAAGAUGCUCAGAGUGACCGGCUAGUAGAGGUGGAGCUCACUGAGAACAGACUGCGGACGUGUCGUGCUGAGAGAAUGGUGCUAGAGAAUGAGAGGGUAACACGACUCAGGUCAUUGCUCACCUCACCAUGUCCCCAGGAACCCGAUAAAAUAACCUUUGACCUCUCACCCGAUGAACGUAAAAGGGUUACUAUGGCAACCAGGGGUGGGCCAGGAGGCGAGUGUGUGUCGAGUGCUUUCAAUAUAUCAUUGACUCGAAUCGACCUUUGCACUUUUGUCGGUCUAAAUUGGCUUAAUGACAAUGUGGUCAACUUCUAUUUCAACAUGAUUCGCGAUGCCCACCCAAAGGUUCACGUGAUGAGCUCUUUCUUCUACCCCAAGCUCUCUCAGUCUGGCUACACUAGUGUGAGACGGUGGACCAAGAAGGUGGACAUAUUCUCCAUGGAGCUGGUCCUCUUCCCUAUCCACCUGGGCAUGCACUGGUGUCUGGCAGCUGCCGAUUUCAAAACCUCCACCCUCACAUAUUACGACUCUCUUCUCGGGAACAACUCUUCCUGUCUUCCCAGAAUAAAGAAAUAUCUAGAGGAUGAGUCAGAGAACAAGAAAGGAGUACGACUUGAUUUUAGCAGCUGGUCUCAGGUCAUCGCCAAGAAGAUCCCCACGCAGGAGAAUGGGUCCGACUGCGGGGUAUUCAUGUGCUUGUAUGCUCGUCACCUCUCUGAAGGCCUUCCGUUCAGCUUCCACCAGCGAGAUUUCCCAAAGAUUCGAGAGUAUAUGAUGUUUGAGAUUCUGGAGAAAAGAUUGCGUGGAUGAAACUGAACUUUUGGCUCUUUUGUAUUCAAUGUCAUACAUUCUCAACGAUAUUAUUUGUUGUGCACUGUUUAUAAAAUUCACAUGACAAAUAUUUAUAGCAAGGAAAUUGGUAA